AUGAUGUUCGAUCCUCCAGACUACCCUUACAAGGACUUAACAGAAACACUGCGAGAUCAUUUGGAUCCAGAUGAUCUUCUUUUGAACGGACCUGGGUCGGUAGAUUCUGACGCCAGCAAAAAUCUUACUGAAGUUACCGAGCAUUUGAUCGCUAACGUUGAAAGCCAAUUGCCAUUUCAUCUAAUCUCAUGCAAUGAUUCUGGAAGAUAUUUCAACGUUGACAAUAAUGCUUUGCCUUACUUGGAUGAUACUCGUAACACAAAUGUAGAAAAUGCUGAGGUCUACAUAGUACAGCCUCCAGAUAACUUAUUCAACUAUGAACCCACAUUAUUAGAUGAGAACACAGUCAAUCAAUUUUUAUUGCCGUUGAAGGACUCUGGCGAUAAUAAUAAGAAUCCAGAAAGCAUAGGGCCAGACAUAUUGGCUCUACAUUCGUGUGUGAUUUGUCACGAUAUCUUCACAACAGACGCCGAUCUGCUCGAUCACACAAUUUCCGUCCAUGCUUCGGACAACACUUUAAUAUCUUCUGUUCUAGAGUCAAACCCAGCAGGUACAUUGGAUUUUGAAGCGGAGUGGCUUGUUUGCUCCGUCUGCCAAAGAGUGCUAUCUACUGCUUUAGAAGUGGAGCCAAGUGAGCAGCUCUGCUGUAGCGACGGGGACGGCAAAGGCGGCGUGGCUUAUAAGAAGCUGCACACCAUGUACGUUUGCGACUGCUGCAGCGGGCUAUUCGCCGACGGGGACUCCCUUGAUGCACAUCGCCUCACCUGCUUCGUUCCGGAACAGCCUUACUACGCUGAUGAUAUGGUUAUAACUUCCCCAGAAAUCCUGUUCUCUUGCGACACAUGCAGCAAGCAGUUCGGCUCGGCUGAAGACCUCAAGGUCCACACCACGGAGUGCCAGCCAGUACGACCCAGCCUUCGGCGAGGAGAGAGACGCGCGUACAAUUCCAAUAGUACUAAUAAGAUGUGGAACUGCGGAUCUUGCAACCAGCUGUUUGCUACUGCAAGAGAAUUAUAUCGACACAAGCGCGGGGAAGACCGACCACCGGGGGCCCCACUCAUGGCCUAUGUGUGUGAAGAAUGUGACAAAGUACUUGGCAGCAUGUGCGCCUUACACACGCACAAGAAGAUGCAUAAGGUUUCUAAGCCGGGUUACCCAUGCCGUGUAUGUGGUAGACGCUUCAACCAGUCUGGCCACCUGGCCAUCCACAUGAGGAUGCACACGGGGGAACGACCAUACCCUUGUGAUCUCUGCCCCAAAGCUUUCAAAGUUAAGGUGGAGCGCGACGAUCACCGGCGCACGCACACCGGCGAGCGGCCCUUCGCGUGCGCAGCCUGCCCCAAGACAUUCACCGCCGCCGCACGCUUGCGUGAACAUGCACGCAUUCACACAGACCAGAGGCCAUAUCGCUGCGACAUCUGUGGGGCGGCGUUCCGACGACCGUACGCGAGGACGGUCCAUACACUCAUCCACACCGGGGAAAAACCGCACGCCUGUGAUAUAUGCGGCACUGCCUUCAGACGUUCUGGCGACAUGUGGAAACACAAGAGGACCCUUCACGGUAUUCUGUCCGCUACCGAAGCUUAG